AUGAUCUGGGGGUACAGUGACGAUAUUUCUACAAUUGUAGCGUCUACUUUCAUGAAGAUCUCAGGUCUCUGGAUGGCAGGUAAUCGCGUGGAGCGGUUAUACAGAUGUAUCACGUUGAUUUACAGUGUCAGCGGGUUACUUUUCGUUGCUGGCGUUGUGGCGAUAGAGUUCUACUACACCAUGGAUGAUUUGAGCUUACUUGUCCUGCUUGCGCACAGAAAAGAUUUUCUGAAUUUAGUUCGGUACUUGGAGAGGAAAUUUUUACACUCGGAAUACGACAUCUACGAGGGAAUGGUCUUGGACACGUGCAAACGCACCUGUGCGUUCUUCAUUUGUACCUUUACUUGUUCUUGUCACGGGACACUGAUAAGUUACGUUCUGAAUCCUAUCGUAGUCAAUAUUGGAAAGAACACAUCAGACAGGGUAUUUCCAUUGAAUAUGAGAGCUGAUCCACUGUCGGUGACACCGUACUUCGAGAUAGUAUUUCUGUUACAGGUUUUGUCCGUGUACCAAGUCGGAGUUCUGUACUUUAGUUUUGAUAAUUACCUAUGCAUCAUGAAUCUGCACGUGGCUGGUCAGUUCCGUAUACUGCAAUACAGACUGGAAAAUAUGAAGGGUGCGAUUAAGGCGUCGAAACAUAGUGGAAAUUGCAAAGAUAAAUAUUACGACGCCUUUAAAACCUGCGUUCAACAACAUCAGGCGUUGAUCGCGUACUGCGACAAGUUGGAAGAAGUAUUUAGUUUCUAUUCGUUGGGGCAAGUGUUCCUGUUUAGCUUGUUAAUCUGCCUCGAUGGGUACAUGGUACUUGUGGUUAGUACAUAUAUAUAUGUGACACUUGAUGCAGACGCACACCCCACAAGACGCCUUAUUUUUGUGUUCCACAUGUUCGCCAGCAUAGCCCAGCUGUUCAUGUUUACAUACAGUUGCGAUUGCAUAAUGCAAGACAGUACUAAUGUUGCCAUGGCCAUAUAUUCAGCUCCAUGGCCUCGUUUUCUAAUGAACGAAGACGGGCGAACUCUGAGAAGAGAUCUGAAACUUAUGAUGCUUAGAUCUAAAGUGCCUUGCUGCCUAACCGGUUACGGAUUUUUCACUGUAUCCCUGGAAACAUACACUAGGGUUCUAAGUACAGCGCUUUCAUACUUCACGCUAUUAAGAGGAACUUCUACAGAAACACCAUGA